AUGGCAAAACUCGUUGUAGCUCUGGGAAUUCUAUUCGCUCUACACAUUGCUUCAUCCACUAAACUGGUGUGCCAUAUGACUAACUGGGCCCAGUACAGACCAAGCGCUGGCAAAUUCACACCAGACAACGUCGACCCCUUCCUGUGCACCCAUGUCAUCUAUGCUUUGGCCACCAUUAACAGCUUCAACCAGAUCAGCCCCAUCGAGUGGAACGAUGAGCAGCUGUACGGCAGCCUCAACAGCCUCAAGAAUGUCAACCCUGCACUGAAGACUCUGCUGUCUGUUGGAGGAACAGUUAAUGGAGUGAGCCCAUUCAUUGCCAUGGUUGCCAAACCUGAGAGUCGUGCAAUCUUCAUCAAGUCUGUCAUCAAUUUCCUGCGCACCCAUAACUUUGACGGGCUAAACCUGGCCUGGGAAUAUCCUGGACACAAUGGUAGCUCAGAGGGGGACAAGGAGAAGUUCACUCUGUUGGUCACGGAACUGGCCAAGGCUUUUGAGGAUGAUGCCAAAGACAAUAAGAGAACUCAGCUGCUGCUGUCAGCCAAUGUUGCUGCAAUCCGUCAGACCAUUGACAGAGCAUACGAGGUCAACAAGAUUGCACCCAACUUUGACUUUAUCAACAUCAUGACCUAUGACUUCCAUGGACACUGGGAGGCAGUAACUGGACACAACAGCCCUCUGUAUGAUAGCUCUGUGGACUCUGGCUCCCAAAUUCAUUACAAUAUAAACUCCUCUGUAUCCCAUUGGCUAUCUCUGGGAGCACCAUCUGAAAAGCUGCUUCUAGGUUUCCCCACCUAUGGAAGGACCUACCGUCUUAGCACUGGUGCAACUGGCCUGGGAGCACCAGCUAACGGCCCUGCAGAUGCUGGACCCUACACUCGCACUGCUGGAAUCUGGGCUUUCUAUGAGAUCUGUGACUUCAUUAAUACUGCCACUGUUGACUGGAUCUCUGAGCAAGAGGUUCCAUAUGCCACCUAUGGCAGUGCCUGGCUGGGCUAUGAUGACCAGCGCAGCUAUUCUUCCAAGGUCCAGUGGAUGACUGCCCACAGUUUGGGAGGUGCUCAUGUGUGGACUAUGGAUAUGGAUGACUUCAGUGGAUCCUUCUGCUCAGCUGGAGCUUAUCCUCUGAUAAACCACCUCAGGAUGUCAAUGGGCUUUGGCCCAAAGCCUACAACCACUCCACGCCCCACCACAACGAAGGACCCUCUUGCUGACUUCUGCCGUGGCCGUCCUGAUGGCUUGUAUGAGAACCCAGCUGACAAAACCACCUACUUCCAGUGCUACCAGGGAAACACCUACCUGCACCGCUGCCAGCCUGGUCUCAUCUACUGGGACUCCUGCAAGUGCUGCAACUGGCCCUGA